CCACGCGGUGCGUUGUUGGGGGACUCGUUGCAGUUGUUGUUGCAGCUGAGAGGGGUUGUGUGAUGUGUGGUAGUUACUAGUUACUGCUCCCCCAAUUCGUGUGAUACAGUGAUAAUAUGGGUGCAUUGUGAUUUUUUAUUACUGGCAACUUGGGAAAUGGCUGAGAACGGACGUUAUCCUUUGCAUAUUGAAGAUGAAUCAGAUUCGGACGCUGAAAUAUUCAUCGCGCCCACUCCGAUUCCGGCAAAAUCGAAAUCAAGCACAGUUGCAAUAGAUUCAGUUCAGGAUGCGUCGGCCCGAACAUCGUCUGCUCCCGGUGCUGGAAGAGAACGAAACAUGAGGACAUCUAAGCAGGAAGAUGUGAUGAGUAAAAGUGUUCUGAAACCGGGUUUCGAACAACAACACUCUGUACCAAGGAGAUCUCGAGCGAUGGAAAAGAAGAAGGGCCGUCUGGAAAGAGCCAAAACUGCCGGUGAAGGCUGGUAUAACAUGAAGGCGCCCGAGCUCACUGAAGAGGUCAAACAAAACCUCGAAGUUCUUCAAAUGCGAGGAGCGAUUAAUAAGAACAGGGUGUACAAGAAGAGUGACAUGCGAACUCUGCCCAAGUACUUUGCGAUGGGAACGGUGGUGGAGCACGCGACCGACUUCUACAGCUCGAGGAUUCCCAAGAAGCAGCGGAAGAAGACGCUGGUUGAGGAGCUGAUGGCUGAUGUCGAGGCCAAGAAACAACUGAAAAAGCAGGCGACCAAAUUGGCCGUAAAGAAGCAAAUGAAAGCCCAGAGCCAAUCUGGGAAGAAGAGGAAACCUUUCAAAAGGCGAAAGGUAGAGAUGGACUAACUGUUUCAUGCAAGGAAAAACAUGCAAAAUAAUAAAUACACAUGUCGCGAGUGU